GCUGGUUACACACAGAACAUACACAAUAACACAAAUAGUUGUAGCGUAACCCCACUCAAAAUUCUAAACCCUAGCAUGCGCACCUAUUAUUUCGUAAUUAAAAACAGCAGUCACAAAAGGUGAGUAAGAUCGAUAUAGAGAGGGUACCUGAUCUAGAGAGGGUACCUGAUUGUGAAGGAGGAGAGUGAGUAAAUGUUUGUGCUACUUUAGAUAAACUGCAUACCAUGUUUUUAAAAUUGUGUUCUUUGAUUGACUGGAGAAUCACGGAGUUGACUGCCGUUGAAACAUUCGCCGUUGACUUUGUCGACGCCGGGCGGGAUGCUAAGAUGCGCCGUUAGUGUUGGCAUAUGAUCUACAUUUUUAUUUAGAUGAUAAGUGCUGCAUUUUUCAUAGAGUUGAUGAAAGGUCUCUUUUUGGGGAUCUGCUUUUUCUUGAAGAGAUGUUUUUUGAAAGCAUAAGUUUAAUACCAGAUUAUUUAUAUUAUUAUAAAUAAUUUGUGUAAACGCAUCUUAGGUGGAUCUUUAGACUGUAAUUUGGGUUAAUCUAGCCAAAUUGCGUGAAGAGAUUUCAAUUUGGUUGUGCUCAUAAACCAAGUAGGAGUUUUAUUAGCAUCAUAAAAAUUGAAGCUACAUAUUAAUUGGCACCCUCCAUGGGAGUUGCUCGCAUGCUACACUUCUCUACUGCUCUUAAAAGCUACUUAUCAUUACCUUACUUUUGGUUAGUCGUCCUCUGUUCUUUGUUUCUAACAGAAAAAGAUGCUUUGCAUACUUUUAUUGUUACUCGCUUCAUGUUUUUGCUCUAACAGAAUGCCCAUUUCCUCAUAUUUCUCUUCUGCCUUGUGUACAUGUUAGAGACAAUAAUUUUGUGGUAAAAUCCAUUUCACUAUAUAUAUUCCACAUGAUGCAUAUGCUCCUUUCUAACCUUGAUAUACAAAAGAAAAGACUAAUGGCGUUGUUAGCUAUAGAAAUAUUUCAACAUAAAUUCAUACUUUGCCUAGCUUUUUCUGUUUUUGUUAGUAGCUGCCAACUAGUUAGCGGUGAUGAGUUGGCAUUCUUUGCCAGGCUUAAUCUUCCAACAGGGGCAAGGGGUCCAGAAUCUCUUGCUUUCAACGGCAAGGGGGACGAGUUUUAUACCGGUGUAUCUGAUAGUAGAAUCCUCAAGUAUGAGUUGGCGAAUCAUGCUUUCGUCAAUUUUGCAACCACCUCACCUCUCAGGAACAAAGCAAUUGGUGAUGACAGAAACGAUACAAAAUUGGGAGAAGCUCCUUGUAGGCCAUUAGGAGUCGCAAUCAACUACAAUAAUGGUGACCUUUAUAUUGCGGAUGGUGUAUGUGGACUAGCUGUAGUGGGUUCAAAUGGAGGUGUUGCCAAUACAAUUGCCAACAGCGUUAAUGGCAUUCCUCUUCUGUUUCCCAAUGCCAUUGAUAUCGAUCCAAAAACAGAAACUGUUUAUUUUACAGAUGCUGGCUCUAUUUUUCAGAAAAGUAUGGACAUUAUAGAAAUACUCUCAAGUGGAGACACGAGUGGAAAAUUGCUCAAAUAUGAUCCACAAACCAAACAAAUUUCAGUGUUGCUAACAGAACUUUCUGGUGCAACUGGUGUAGCGGUUAGUGGAGAUGGAGCUUUUGUGCUUGUUUCGGAGUACAUUGCCAAGCAAAUCCGCAGAUACUGGAUUAGAGGACCGCUAGCCGGAACAUCAGACAUAUUUAUUGAACUUGCAGGGAGCCCUGAUAACAUCAAAAGGACCGUGUUGGGAGAUUUCUGGGUUGCAGUGACCAUGGUGGAUUUGCAGCUAGCUGUACCAAUACUGGUGCCUUUCGGACAAAGAAUAAAUCCUAUUGGUGUAAUUCUGGAGAACUUUAGUCUUGAGGUGCAAUACAGAAAUGCAAUUGUUAGUGAGGUUCAAGAAAAUGCAUGGGGAAUAUUUGUUGGAACCCUUUUAGGGAGUUCUGUUGGAAUUUACAGAAGAUAGUAAUAACAAAUUUAUAACAAUAAAACAUUAGAGAACA